AUGCUUUCGGAGCAGACGUCCCUGGACGGCCUGAUGCACUUUCCAAAAACGAGUGGGGGUAGGUCGAACCAGGUAACCCAAGGCUUCCACACUAAGACAAGUCACUUCGCUGGCAUGAAGGUUGAGCCCCAAGCCAUCGAACUUCAAGCGGAGUUGCUCCAUGGCCGAGCGGCCAAGCCUGACACUCGGGUCCAUCUAUCCAUCGGGCCAAGAAUGUGCGAUCCCAAGAGGAAGUCAGACGACGCGGAGGAUGGCUGUCGAGACAGAGUGUGGCUCGAUACGAGAAGGCUGGGUGGGCGUCUAGCAGCGAUGUGGCAGAAGCUGGGCUCGGAUGUCCAGUUGUGCUGUCGCGCCGCCGAGCGCUUCCUCGAGGACAUGAUGUUCGGCCACAGUUAUUCGGCUGUCCAUUUCCCUGGCCGGUGA